CUUCAAUUAAUACGGCUAUUAAUAGAACAUAAUUUCAAUGUUGUCAAUUGUGUAAAGAAAAUAAACGAAAAACUCAUAUAGCUAUAUAUGUUGAACAGUAGGAUUAUUUUAAAGUUUCUUAUUAAUUAGAAAGAAAAUAUACGAUAUUGUAAAAAAAGGGUUAUAACAGAGAAAACACGUUUAUCUUAACAAUAUCGAAGACUUCAAAUCUUUACUUAGUCUUAAUAAUAUAUGAUAAAAAUGCCGUUUUGUGGUCGAGCUUCGGAAUGGUCAAAAGCGGCAUUUCUUUCGAUGUUUCCCGCGAUAGGAAUUCAUUGUGCAGGAUUGGGCACUCCCUUUUGGAUGAAGAGUAGCACGAUCAGCAACUCAGUAAAUAUUACAAUAGGGUUGUGGAAGAUGGUGAACUGUUCCGGAAGUCUGACGUCACCGUGUAUUGGAUCCGCUUUACCAAAUUCUUACAAGACAGAUUUGCUCAUCAUAACAAGGGCAUUUGAGUGUGGUGUGAUCAUUCCUAUGGCAUUGACUUUUGCCCUCAGCUUUUUCUACACAACUUCACCCGGAGCUCGAACCCAGAAAGUUGCAGCUUGGAUUAUGAUACUGUCGUUCUUUUCUAUGGCUCUCGUGAUUGGAGGAACUGUGACAUGGAUUUUGAACCUACCGUCGAGCCAUUACGUGUAUUGGUCAUUCGGGCUCACACUUUUCGGUGGAUCUUUGUCUAUGCUGGUGGCGGUGCUUAUGAUUCAAGAUAUAAGAAUGUUCGACUAUGAGGGAAUAAGGCUGAGAAAAGAAGCAAAGAGAGAAAAACGGGAGGCCAGGAAGAAUAAAAGGAAAGAACAAUAUUGACUUACAUGUAAUUUCACAUACACGAUGACAAGACAUUAUAGAAUUAUUAGUGAUGAUAUCGUGUUGAAGUUACGUAGUACACAAUUAAUUUAUAUUGUUGACAAAGUCUAAACCGCUUGUAAAGUGAAUACAUUUCAGUUCUUAUCAUUCUAGACUGCACAGUUCGUACAAUAUAAUAAAUGAGCCACGCCAUGAGAAAACCAACAUAGUGCGUUUCCGACCAGCAUGGAUCCAGACCAGCCUGCGCAUCCGCGCAGUCUGGUCAGGAUCCAAGCUGUUCGCUUUCAAAGCCUAUUGCAGAAACCGUUAGCGAACAGCAUGGCUCCUAACCAGACUUCGCAGAUGCGCAGGCUGGUCUGGAUCCAUGCUGGUCGCAAAUGCACUAUGUUGGUUUUCUCAUGGCGCGGCUUAUUUAGAAUUUUUUUUACUCCAUGUACCGUCUAUGUUAUUGUUAGCUUAUUAUCAAAGGACGCUUUGAAAGAAACCACUUGAGACAGCAAAAACGGUAGUUGUACAUGAACAAAAAAAUACCGUCAAAUAAAGAAAAAAGAAAAACAAUAAGAAAAUAACAAAAUACUGGCACAAUUUAAAAUUCGGAACUUUCUGUCGAAUUUUUUUUUACCAAAUUGUGCGAAGACGUGACAUAAUUAUCUUUAGUACUCAGUAAACAUCUGUUAUUUAUCUACGUUUUAUGGAAUAAUGUUGUUUUAGGUAUUUUCUUAGCAUUUUUAGAAACAUGAAGAUGUUGCUUUCAAUUUUUACUAAGCAUCUUUUACAGCAGGCCUUUAAUUGAUAGUCUCGUUGAUUGAAGUACAGAUUAGCAAGGAUCAACAAGGAAUGCUUCAUAUUUUUUUUGUUUCUUAGCAUGUAAACAGUGUUGUACAAGUCUCGUUUGUUUAAUAUAUCAGAAACGUUGAAUUCUAGUCUCUCGUAAAUCUGUAGAAAUUUUUAUUGUUUAACACGAUAUUUAUGAAAGUGAGACUAGUAUUAAAUAUAUUGUUGUUUUUUAUCUUCACAAUUAAUAAUGUUCUUAUUGUAACUUCUACAUAUCUUUUUAGGACUAUAUGAGAAUCGCUUUUUAUCUUUUAAAAGUGGAACGAAUUGAAAAAUAAGACAGCAUAUCGUCGAAAGGUUCGAUCUUUUAUCUUGUUAUUAGCUUUUUUGGUUUAGAUGAUCCGAUUUUGUACCCUAGUUUUAAAUAUAAAUUAUACAAAUUCGUGUA